AUGAAUGUGCCGUGUGUCUUUCGAGAACUCUUCAUUCGCACUGGAGAAACAUCCGAUGUUGGAGUCGUUUCACUGCGAGAGUGUUUGAUUGAAAUUUUCCAGAACUGGUCGAAUACCGAUGCAGAAGGGUGGGUGGCGCCGCAGCUGGAUUUUGCUGAAAAGCAAAGUCAGAAUAAGGAGCUGUUAUCGAUGUAUAUUGCGCGGAUGGAGGGUAAAGAAUCGCCGGAAGAAGCAAGACGGAUAUGGCCCUUUCCGGAAUAG